CUAGCUGUUACUGCUGAGUGCUGCCUCCCCAAAGUCCCCAGUCCCAUACACACGCAGACACACACACUUAAUACUACUACUACUACUACUACUACUCCUACUGGGUGAGUAAGCAAGCAGCAGUAGCAGUAGCAGUAGAUGUUGUUGCAACUUAGAAGUCGACUAUUUUUUUAGAACUUUUUUAUUUUAUUUUUAAAUUUGUAUCUUUCUCCAUUUCUUCUCACGCGAUCUCCUCAAAGCCUCCCAAAUUUGGAUUCCUUUUGAAUCAAACACAUUCUUCACUCUCUAACACCCACACUCUCACGCAGUUCAUGUAUGCAUAUCUACGCCAUUAUCAUCUGCGAAUUAGGGUUCUUUUUUUCUUUUAACCUUUUUAGCAAGUUUUCGCAGUAGAUUCGAAAUUAAAUCUCGGUAAGCCCCAGUCUGCUCAAGCUAUGUGAGAGCGUACAACUUGGAGGUCCCCCUAAAAGGAGAAAGACUUCCAUUAGAGUCAAGUGGGCAGAUGCAUUCACGACUGAUCCUGCACUAAUCCUGAAGCAUUGACUUUGCAUGCCAAGUGAACAGCUAAACAGCAUCAGAAAAUAUGCCUUCAUGGUGGGGGAAGUCAUCAUCAAAAGAAGCAAAGAAAAAACCAGCAAGAGAAAGCAUUAUUGACACAUUACACCGGAAGCUUAAGUUUCCAUCUGAAAGUAAAUCUACUGGUAGAUCAGGAGGGUCUAGAAGACGGAGCAGUGACACAUUUUCUGAAAAAGGGUCUCAGUCCAGAGCGGAAUCAAGGUCACCAUCACCUUCAAAGCAUGUAUCAAGAUGCCAGAGUUUUGCCGAAAGGCCUCAAGCCCAACCACUUCCCCUACCAGGUCUGCGACCUGCAAGUGUACUGCGCACUGAGUCAGGAAUCAGUUCUUCAGGAAAGCCAAAAGUGGAAAAGAGCUCCAAGCCAUCAUCAUUUCUUCCACUUCCAAGGCCUGCCUGCAUACGGCAUAUAACAGAUUCUGCAGAGUUAGAUGGAGAACUGGUCAUUGCUUCUAUUUCUAGUGAAUGCUCCAUUGAGAGUGAUGAUCAAACAGACUCACGCCAGCGUAGUCCUCUGGAAUCUGACUAUGAGCUUGGAAGCAGAACUGCCACUGGCAGCCCCUCAAGCAUGAUUAUUAAGGAUCAGUCUCCAGUAGCACAGAAAAGCCCAAGAGGAUCACCUGGAGCAGUUGAUCUUUUGACUCAUAAAAGUGUGUUGUCUUCACCGCCUAAAAGAAGACCUCUUAAUAGUCAUGUCCCCAAUCUGCACGUUCCCUGUCAUGGUGCCUUUUGCAGUGCUCCAGAUAGUUCAAUGUCAAGUCCUUCUAGAAGUCCAAUGAGAGCUUUCGGUAAUGACCAAGUUACAGGUUCUGGAUUCUGGCUUGGAAAGCCCUAUCCAGACCUUCCGUUACUUGGAUCUGGCCACUGUUCGAGUCCGGGCUCAGGUCAGAAUUCUGGACAUAAUUCAAUGGGAGGUGAUAUGUCUGGGCAACUAUUUUGGCAGCCUAGUAGGGGCAGCCCUGAGUACUCUCCAAUUCCUAGUCCCAGAAAGACAAGUCCUGGUCCUAGUUCCAGAAUUCAUAGUGGAGCCGUCACCCCAAUUCAUCCAAGAGCUGGAGGGGGAGCACAUGAAUCACAGACAAACAGGAGCGAUGAUGGGAAACAACAAAGUCACCGUUUGCCACUUCCUCCUGUGACAAUUUCCAACUCUUCACCUUUUUCUCAUUCAAAUUCAGCUGCAACAUCUCCCUCAGUACCACGUAGUCCAGGCCGAGCAGAAAAUCUUGCAAGCCCUGGCUCACGCUGGAAAAAAGGAAAGUUGUUGGGGAGAGGCACUUUUGGACAUGUUUAUGUUGGUUUUAACAGUGAAAGUGGUGAAAUGUGUGCAAUGAAGGAGGUCACAUUGUUCUCAGAUGAUGCAAAGUCCAAGGAAAGUGCAAAGCAAUUGGGACAAGAGAUUAUUAUGCUGAGCCGUCUGAGGCAUUCAAAUAUUGUACAGUAUUAUGGGUCUGAAACGGUUGGUGAUAAGCUAUAUAUAUAUUUGGAAUAUGUAUCUGGUGGUUCCAUCUUCAAGCUUUUACAAGAAUAUGGACAAUUUGGAGAAUCAGCUAUACGCAGUUACACACAACAAAUUUUGUCUGGUCUUGCAUAUUUACAUACAAAAAAUACUGUCCACAGAGAUAUUAAAGGGGCAAAUAUCCUUGUGGACCCGAAUGGUCGUGUUAAGUUGGCAGACUUUGGUAUGGCAAAGCAUAUUACAGGGCAAUCAUGUCCAUUAUCUUUUAAGGGAAGCCCAUACUGGAUGGCACCUGAGGUUAUAAAAAAUUCGAAUGGUUGUAAUCUUGCUGUUGACAUCUGGAGUCUUGGAUGUACAGUCUUGGAAAUGGCUACUGCUAAGCCACCUUGGAGCCAGUAUGAAGGGGUUGCUGCCAUGUUCAAAAUUGGGAAUAGUAAAGAACUUCCUGCAAUUCCUGAUGACCUCUCAGAGGAAGGAAAGGACUUUGUGAGGCAGUGUUUGCAGCGGAAUCCACUUCAUCGUCCUACAGCUGCUCAGCUUUUGGAUCACCCAUUUGUGAAAAAUGCUGCUCCUUUGGAUAAACCUCUUGCAUCUACUGAUCCAACAUCUGUGAUUGCCAAUGGUGUAAAGUCUCCGGGGAUUGAACAUGGUAGAAAUCUCCCAACAUCAGAAUCAGAAAGGCUUGCUAUACACUCUUCCAGAGUAUCAAAAUCCUAUUUCCAUUCCAGUGACAUCCACAUCCAAAGGAAUAUAUCUUGCCCAGUCUCUCCAAUUGGAAGCCCUCUGUUACAUCCAAGGUCACCUCCACACCUAAAUGGGAGGAUGUCUCCUUCACCUAUAUCAAGCCCUCGGACCACAUCGGGCUCAUCAACACCACUAUCAGGGGGUGCUGGUGCUCUCCCUUUUCAACAUCUUAAUCAGUCAACGUACCUGCAAGAAGGUUUUGGAAGUGUUCCUAAGACUCCACAAAGUCCCUACAUCAAUGGCCCCUUGUAUUGGGAUUCUGAUAUGUUUCGGGGAAUGCAGGCUGGAUCUGCUUUUCGGGAUCUUACAUCUAGUGAAAAUGAUGCUCUGUCAAAGCAGUUUGGAAGGCCUGUUUUUGGAGAACUUCAUGAUGGACAGUCAGUAUUAGCAGAUCGUGUGUCUCAGCAGUUGUUAGGGGAUCCAGUGAAAUUGAAUCCAUCUUUGGAUCUUAACUCACGAUCCCGGUUGACCGGCCGCACAAAUGGAGUAUAA